GUAGAUCAUCGUACAGCGGACAUUCCAACAGUACAUGACGUUCAACCUCAAUCUUAUCACUACAUUGAAAACACACCCUUGUGUGUGUGCGUGCGUGCGUGCGUGCGUGCGUGCGUGUGUGCUGGGGUGGGGUAUGGCUAUAUAUAUGGAUAUGGGGGAUUACGUAUGGGUUGUGGCAUACCCGCCGUCAAGACAUCACGUGAGCGAAGACAGGUCACGUGAUAAACAAGAGACUGAAUACCAGGAAGUGAGGCGCGGAGAGACAGGCCGCUCACAACGGUGUAGUUAUUGAGAAGUACCAUUCCAAGUCCACGUCUCAGCUAAGGAAUCUGGAAUCCAAGACACGGUCACCCAUUGAAAGCCACUUCACAGAAUCGGUGAUGGGAGCGGAGGUGGUGAGGGCGUACGGGGCUCAAGACAGAUUUGUCCAUAAGCUUGAGGACCGUAUAGACAACUACAACAGGGUGGCCUUCUACCGGCUGUUCUCCCACAGGUGGAUGGGUAUACACCUCUUGGUAGUUGGCAAUGUCAUCUGCAGUGCGACAUCUUUGCUGUGGAAUCUGACCAAGGGAAUCAAAUCCGGUGCUCUGGUUGGGCUUGGGACGGCUUUUGCACUAGAUAAAAAUUCCUCCUUGGGGUUCAUGGUUAUUACUCAGAGCGAGGUGGAGGUCAAUCUCAUGUCCAUGGACAGAGUCCAGCAUUAUAUCAGCAAUCCAAGUGAAGCAGUUUUGAGAAAGAGACAGCUUUCCUUGAACUGGCCCGACAAAGGCAGGCUUGAAUUUCUCAACUACAGCCUCUGAUAGCGGCAGGACAGGGAACUGGUGCUGAGGAACAUCUCAUUUACUGUAUGUGGAGGAGAGAAGAUAGGUGUUGUCGGCAGAACAGGAGCGGGUAAAUCCUCCCUGAUGCUCUCCCUUUUCCAUC